AUGAAAUUUUAUUGUAGUUCUGGGAGAUAUUUGAAAGGGCUGUUCAGUGUUGAUAUUGGAAUUGUAACUAUUCUCAUGGAAAACUCAGAAGAUGAUUCAAUGCAUCCGAAUUGGGUUGCAUUAGCAACAGUUAAAUUUAAGCCAAAAAUAUUUGUAAAAUCUACUGGUACAGAAAAUCAGAUUGUUAUAAACGGGAAAAAUCCAGAGAAUCAAAUCAAAAUAGACAAUUCAUCAAGUGAAAUUUAUAAUGAAAUACUUCAAUUACCAUCAACGUCAGCUUCUCACAAUACAAAAAUAAAACCUAUCAUUAAAAAGAAGAAACGAAUAGAAAGGGAGAAAUUCAUCAAAGAAAAUCUUUUUCGAUCAGCUCAAGAAGACGAUGCUGAAAAGAUAAGAAAAAUUCUGGAAACUUCAUUAAAUCCUGAUGUCAACGCUGUAGAUGCUUUCGGAUGGACUUCACUUAUGAUUGCAGCAUGUGAAGGAUCAGCUAAUUCAUUUCAAACACUUCUGGAUUAUGGAGCUGAUCUGAAUAUUAGUGACAAAACAGGCAACACUGCAUUAACAUUAGCAGAAAAGAAAAAUUUUAAAAAUAUAAUUGAAAUAGUAGAAAACCAAACUACAACUGUAGAGAUCACAGAAGAAACAGAAUGUCAGGAUCAGGGAUCACAAUAUUGUCCCGAUUGCGGCAUAGAAAUUUCAAAUCUCGCUUCAAAAUCUCAUCAAACAUCGACUGUACAUUUGUUUAGUUGCAAGUUUAAAGGAAAUACAAAUAUAAAAUCUUUUGGCAUAUCACGAACGAAUCGUGGUUAUCAAAUGAUGAGACGAACUGGUUGGGAUGGAAAUUCUGGUCUUGGAUCAAAAAAGACAGGAAAACUUUAUCCAAUAAGAACAGUUAUUAGAAAACGAGGCACUGGUUUGGGUAUUGAUCAAGAUUCUCCGAAGAUUACUCAUUUCAAGGCAAAUGAUCCUAGUGCAGUUCAUUUCCGACCACCACCUAAAAUGACUGACAACGAUCGUGUGCUCGAGAUUAUUUACAAAACUGAAAGAGUAGCUGAUCAAAUUCUUGUUAAUAAACAGGAACUUGUGAAUUGGGAUAUUAAACGACAAAGUAACAGAGAAGCUCUUCGAGAGCUGAAGAAAUCAGCAGAGAAGAAAUGUUGGAUUACAGUUGGGUCGAUGCUUGUACAAAUGGAAACGCCAAGAGCUAUUGAAGUAUUAUCGAAAGAACAAAAUGAAAUAGAAAAAGAAAUAAAUCGACUUAGAGAUGAACAACAUGUUCUUGUGAAACAACAUAAAGAUCUAGAAAUGGAUGAAAUGCCAAAAGGCUUCGAUCUCAAACCAAUGAAACAAAAAGAGAUGAAUGUUCUUAAAAAUGAGUUGAAGCUGUAAUAAAUUUAAAAUAAGAAUAAAAUUUAAUUUUCACAAA